UUGAAUUGAAUUUGACACGCGCGCGGCCACUAUAGCAACCGCUUAGCUAAAAACAUCGCGUAGUUUACUGGUGUCGGAACCUGCGGGACCAAUUUUGGCACACCUCUGUGCGAAGAGGUCUCCUUAAAAGGAGUAGGUUAACUUGGACAUUUCGGAAAUAUGGAGGCAUUUCCUCCGAAAUUUAGCAAUGUUUUGGUGACACCUGAUCCGCAGUAUAUACCAGGUUAUGCAGGUUACUGCCCUCAGCUCAAGUUCUCUCUGGGGGAGACCUAUGGCAAGCUCACUGCCAGGCUCCUGACCAGUCCCGAAGUGUCCCGUUCCCGCAGGCUACUCCUGUACAACAGCAAUGCUGCCCCCUCUGGCCAAAAGGAGAAUGCAGAGACAGAUCUCCCUGAGGAGACCCUGGGCGGCCUGCCUGAAUUCCGCAGGCACCCAGCGAGGAUGUUACCCGGAUACACAGGUUUCAUCCCGAAGAGCCGGAACUGCUUCUUCCGCACGUACACCGAGACGUGCCGGGAGGCCCUGACCGACUUCCAGAAGGAUCUACAGAAGCGGAAGCGUCUGACCGCCUCAGCCGAACUUCCUCGCAUCAACAACGGCACAGCGCCCAAGCCCACACUUGGCUGUUACAGCACCCCUCUGACCCCCAUCGCUAAAGAGUCAGCGCCGUACAAGUCCCCCACGCCCUGGAAGCACCCUGGGUCUCCGUACACCAUGGACGAGCGCGACCCCAACAAGUACUUCAUCUCAGGUUUUACCGGGUACAUCCCCAAGUCCCGCUUCCUCUUUGGCACGGGUUUCCCGAUAAUCGCCAACAGAGCCCUGAUCCAGUUCGACAAAGAGGCCAGGGGCAAAAACGGCGUUCUGCAGCCCACGUCUGAGGAGCUGCCCCCCAUCACUACCAUCUACCCCUCCCAGAGUGGCCUGGUCCCAUCCUACACAGGCCACGUGCCGGGAUACAGGUUCACUUUCGGCCAAACCUAUGGACAGCUCACCCACGAUGCCUUGGGGUCCAGUGGUACCCUAAAGGGAAGAUAAAAGCAACUGGCAGAAAUCUCUUCAAGUCCGCUAUCCCGGAAUAGUCAUUCCGCUUAUGACAAAUCAAAUGAUCUAAUUUUCCAAAAUAUGCUAAUUCCACCUUGGGUCUUCUGUAUUUGUUGAUUUGCUUGAUUUUGCUUAUUCCACACAAUGAAAUAAAAACAACCAAAAGCACAAGUAA